AUGAAAAUUUGGAUACCGAAAAGAUUAGAAGCCAAAGCAGGCAUACCAAGAAUAGAUCUUAGAAAAAAGAGGGUAAGAUCAGAAGAAGAUGACUUAUUAGAGAAUGAUAUAGAUAAAAUAAAAAAUAUUAAAAAUAGUAAAACACAAUAUAAUCUAGGGAUUGGAACCGGUUAA